AAAGUCAAAGUCAACUAUGUAAUGUUUAUGUCGUUUCCUAAGAUUUUCGAUCGAAUUUAAUUACGUAAGGAAUUAGUUUAUUUUGCUAGAACAUUAUGUCCUUCUUCUUAAAACGCACUAUUGGUGCGGGAAACGGCGUCGGACGAGCUAUUUUAAACAGUACCAAAAUACCUGGUGUCCAGCGCGUAGCGACAAAAUCUACCGAAAAAACCCCAGUACAAGAGACACGACCAACUGUAGCCAAAUUAGAUCCACUGCAAAAGGCGCAGCUCGUCGACUUCGGCAAAUAUGUAGCUGACUGUCUACCCAAGUAUGUGCAGAAAGUACAGCUGACUGCCGGCAACGAACUAGAGGUGCUCAUCCCUCCGGACGCAGUCAUCCCGGUUUUAUCCUUUUUGAAGGACCACCACAGCGCUCAGUUUGCAAACCUUGUCGAUAUCGCUGGCAUGGACGUACCCUCGCGCUCAAACAGAUUCGAAAUCAUAUAUAACAUACUUUCUCUACGUUACAAUGCCCGAAUAAGAGUCAAAACUUACACUGACGAGUUGACUCCUGUAGACUCAGCCUGCGAUGUAUUCAAGGCCGCAAAUUGGUACGAACGAGAGAUCUGGGACAUGUAUGGAGUAUUUUUUGCUAACCAUCCUGAUUUAAGAAGGAUUUUAACAGAUUACGGUUUUGAGGGGCACCCUUUCAGGAAGGACUUCCCUCUAAGUGGAUAUGUAGAAGUUCGUUAUGACGAUGAGCAGAAGCGUGUGGUGGUCGAACCCCUUGAGUUGGCACAAGAGUUCAGACGCUUUGAACUGAGUGCACCAUGGGAGCAGUUCCCUAACUUUAGAGCCAACCCUGUAACAGAGGAAGUAGUGAACCCGUCUGAGGAUCAACCAAAAAAAUAACAAUCCAUAACUGAUUGUGCAAUUUAUCUGAAAUGUAAAUUUUAGUAACAUCUUUCUCGACUUAUAUUAGUUCUGGAAAAUAUUUCAGAAAAUUAAUCUUACAAUAAAGAGUAAAAAUAUAAAGAGAUAAUGCCUAUUAUUUUUUCAACC